AUGUUCACCAAGGCCUCCGUCGUUGCUUUCUUCGCCAGCAUGGCUGCUGCACAGCUCCACCCCGCCGUUGGCGAGCCCUCUGGCAACCCCAUCACCCGUCCCUUGAACGAGGUUGUCCCGGCUUGCAAGGCCUUCACCAUCACCUGGCAGCCAACCACCACCAACACCGUCUCGCUGCUCCUGCUCCGUGGCCCCUCCACCAACGUUGUUCCCAUCCAGACUCUUGCUGAGGGCAUCAACAACUCGGGCUCCUUCUCCUGGACCCCUGCCUCCACCCUCGAGGCUGAUGUCACCCACUACGGACUCCAGCUGAUCGACGACGUCAACGGCCAGUACCAGUACUCCACCCAGUUCGGCAUCUCCAAGGACGACUGCUCCGUUGCCGUUUCUUCCAGCUCCGUUGCUCCCGUUGUCCCUUCCUCUGCCCCGGCCCCUUCCUCCGCCCCAGCCGCUAGCUCCGCCCCGGCCGCCAUCUCCACCCCUGCCGGCUACCCCGUUGCCUCUUCUUCUUCCGCCGCCGGCUACCCCGUCGCUUCGUCGUCGGCUGUGAAGCCCUCCGUCGUUGCCCCCUACCCCACCACCGUCAAGACCGUCAGCAGCGCCCACGCCGCUGGCACCGGCGCCCCCGGCUACAACGGCACCAUUGUCCAGCCCACCGGCCACCUGACCGUCCCCAGCUCGCUCCGUCCCUCUGCCACCGGCGCCGGCAACGGCACCAGCUCCGCCACUCUCCCCGAGUCCACCGGCGCUGCUGGCUCCCUCAAGGCUGGUCUCAGCCUUGUCGGUGCUGCCGCCCUCGCCGCGCUCAUGCUCUAG